GUUGCCAGGGACGCCGCGGCCUCUGAGGCUGCGCAGCGUCGGCGAUGGCGGGCAUCGAGGGCGAAGAUGCUAGCGCCACCUUGGACCACAUCCUCACCCAGUUCAACACCUACGAGGAUUACCUGGAUUCGCAGAUCACUACUCAGGACCUGUAUUACUUGGAGAACGAAGAAAUGGCUCGCCAGCUGGUGGAGCUGGGCUUCCGAGGAAGCGGAGAAGUGCUGAAGAGGGAAGAUUUCAUAGCUAGGAAAUUGGCCGCCGAGGCUUCGAGGCUCUCUGAAAGGCAGCAGCAAAAAGCUCUGGCAUGUGCAGGAAAAGAGCUGAAAGACGACUUUCUGAAGGCAUUGGCGGAGAGGGAGGAAGCCAACCGCAACGGGAAAAUGUCUUCCAUAAUCUUCAUUCGGGAUCAAAAUUUCCGUGGCCAGGAAGUAUCUGCAUAUAUCGAUUAUGCACACCGGUUAAAGGUGGACGAGUUUGAAGUCUAUUUCAGUGGCAAGAAGAAGCUUUUCCCCAGGCGCUCUGAUCUGAGUUUCUACAACUGGGACAGGAAUAUCUGCUGCUUGAAUUCAAGUCCAAAUUACCAAGUGAUUGCAGAAAAUGUGUGUGGCGUCCUCUUCAAGAACAAGUCUGACAGGAAGGUCAUUAAUGUUGACCCCAAGGCUUAUCCAGGGGACAACACAACACGGACUCCAAUCGAAACGGACCUCUACCUGCAGGUGGUCAUUUAUGAUCAUGUCCUCAGAAGAAAGCUCUAAACAUCAUUUCUGAAGAGGAAUAAAAAUGCUGGAAGAAGUAUUUAAUAUGUAUACCAGAGGUAGGGGGGGUAGUUUAUUCCAAGGACUAAAUAGUCAAGGAUGCCUUAGGCUGUUAAGGAACAGUUACCAAAUAGCACUUUUCCUGAGGUUGCUUAUUAAAGAGAUUUUGCCUUUGUUUUCCUA